GCUGACGGGACGGAAGCAAAGGAAGACGCAAUCUCUGUCGUCGAUGUUAGUCUUUGCCUUCGCUGCUAACGUUCUGUUAUGAGUUGCUAAAAUCAUGGUGAAAUGUUGCUCGGCGAUUGGAUGUGCUUCUCGCUGUUUGCCAAAUUCCAAAUUAAAAGGACUGACAUUUCACGUAUUCCCCACAGAUGAAAAUGUCAAAAGAAAAUGGGUAUUAGCAAUGAAAAGACUUGAUGUAAAUGCUGCAGGCAUUUGGGAGCCUAAAAAAGGAGAUGUGUUAUGUUCAAGGCACUUUAAGAAGACAGAUUUUGACAGAAGUGCUCCAAAUAUUAAACUGAAACCUGGAGUCAUACCUUCUAUCUUUGAUUCCCCAUCUCACUUUCAGGAGAAAAGAGAAAAACUUCACUGUAGAAAAAACUUCACCCUCAAGACCCUCCCAGUCACAAACCACAACCGCCAGCUUGUUGGUGCUUCCUCGUGUAUUGAAGAAUUUCAAUCCCAGUUCGUUUUUGAACAUAGCUACAGUGUAAUGGACAGUCCAAAGAAACUUAAGCAUAAAUUAGAUCAUGUGAUCAGCGAGCUAGAGGAUACCAAGAAAAGCCUGCGGAAUGUUUUAGACCGAGAGAAACGUUUUCAAAAAUCGUUGAGGAAGACAAUCAGGGAAUUAAAGGAUGACUGUCUCAUCAGCCAAGACACAGCAAAUAGACUGGAAGCUUUCUGUUGGGAGCAUUGUCAGGAAAGCAUAGAACGAGACUAUAUUUCAUGAAAUAAUCUUGUGUUAUGUUCUGCCUAAAGUUGACAUUGGUACAGCUUUUUAGAAAGUAAUUCUUAUUUAUCAUCAUUAAACAAUAUCCAUCAUUUAGAGUGCUUCUUUGGAUCCUCCUCUGCAGCAUUAUGCAUCAUAGUUGGUAUCCAAAGACUUUUUUUUGAAGACAUGCAGAAAUAUGUGCUAGUUAUCAUGUUUUUGUGUGACGUGUGACAAUUAUGUUUUUAUAGAUCUAAAUUAGUGCCAGGUCACUAUUGUAAGGUGUUAAAAAAUCAAGAAAAGUUCUCAGGACUAAGGAAGUCAUAUCAAAUCAGCCAUAGUAAGCUAUAUUGGGAAGGAACUGGGCACUUCUUCAGCAGCAUCAGAUUUUUGACUUCAGAGGAAUACUUUUGUUAUUAUUUUUUCAUUAUUGAAAAAUAAUGAAUUUUUUCAUUAUUGCUUAGGUACUCUUUAUGGUAAAUAUGUUGAAUUAUACUUUUUUUGAAUUGUACUUUAAAUGCAUCUUACUUCAUUUAUAACAAUGUCAAUCUUGAAUCUAAUCCAAGGUGCUUUUGUUAUCAGUAAUACCAAAAAAAUACAAGACACCCUAUGGUACUGACCCUGAGAACAGCGUAUGGUACAGAUCUUUUGACUUUCAAAGUUGUCCAGAGACAAGCUAUUUCCAGUAUAGUACACUAUUCCUCCUCACUAGGAGCACUUUGAUGUUAACCUGCAUAGCUUUAAAAUUUUUUAGAAAGGGUGAUAAGUCUGAUUUUUUAAAUAGCUAGUUAUUCAGACACUUCUUCUGAACAUUUGGCUUUAUGACUUAUUUCAUCAUAGAGAUACAUCUUCAAAAUCUGAAUGCCAGUACUAGAUGAACUUUUAAUGCUGCUUUGUAUUUUACAGAAAGUAUUGUAAUAUUGCCGACAUUUUAAAAAAUACAAAAUACAGAAGAAACCAUUAAAAAUAAUGACAUGGCUCUUCCGGUUGAAAUAGGAAUUAUAGAAAGGGUUACACUGUUUUUCUUUAACUAGGAGAGUAGAUUACCAUUCAAGAGCUUUUAUUUAGCAAAAUAGGUAAGAAAAACAGCAGCUUUAGAAUAGUUUCUUACUGUAUAUACAGAUAAUAACUCUUAGCUAUUUUCUGAUUGAGCCAAAUGUCAGAAAUCUUGUUUUUUUUCCCCCAAUUUCUUAGAAAAGGCAACUGAAAUUAAGAGUCAUAAAUAUUGUGGAUUAGAAUAAAAUUUACUAGCCCAAAGUCAAAUUCUGCUUUGAAGCAUAUGUACAUAUAUGAGUCUCAUUCAGACAUCUAUGCUAUAGUAAUUAGAAUUUGACUAUUCUUGAGUCAAAUUUGAGUAUCAAUUGUUUCAGUGUUUUAACUAGAAAUGAAGUGCAUUUUGUGCUAAAAUGUUCAUUAUUUUAUUUGUGUUAUAUUAAUAUCAGUAAGGAUACAUGGUCACUUGAAUUUUUUAUAUUUAAGAAUUUUUUGUUUUAAUGCAUGUUAUGUUUUUGUGUAGGAUUCCAAACCUUCCUUUUGAAUAGGGUUUUACCCACAUUUAAGAGAUCAGAAUUAUACUAACAAAUCACUAAGGUCAUAUAUUUUUACUAUCUUAAAAAAAAUUUAUUAGCUACCCAUUAUUUAUUUUAGUUAUUUAAUUUUGAAUUCAUAAUGGACACUCUAAAUAGGAAAUUUGGGUAUGACCUUAGGUUUUAUGGAUAUUCUGUGAUAGAGAUGGAAAAUGUUUCCCUCGCUCUAUUUUUGGGUAUAAAAAUUAAAGUCAAAGGACAAUGGAGAAAAGUAAAAGGAUAGAUCUAAAACAGUGUGUCCAAAUUCUAGCUCUCUACAGGUUGCUUAGAAUAAAUCAAGCCUGGGAGACCUUUGCAAAAGUCAAGCCCCAGCUUCGGCCACUCUCACAGUUGCCAGUCACUUUUACUGCCUGUGUUCACAGUGAUUGCAGCUCUUGUGUUCCUUUUCACUGGUCUUAGUAUCACUGAGAGAGAGAGAGAACUGUGAGGAAAGUAUUGGUGUCAUCAGUGACCUGGAGCUACCCAGUUGCUCUUUAUUUUUGUGGAGAAAUGAUUAGCAUUAGAGACAUGACACAACAAACAAGGUCCUCCCCACCUGCCGCCCCAGGCAAACUUGAACACCAUAGGUACCUCAGUCCACUGUUCCCAGAGAACACUUCUUAGCCUGGGGCGGCACUGUCCUGUGCAGAGCAAAAGCAGUCAUCCCCCAACCAGAGGUUCCUCAAGCAACCAAGGCCAACCUAAGGGUUUUGCUUUGUUUUAAAGCUUGGAGUGGCCUCUGGAUUCUGGAACAAACCGAUACACCAGUUCAGCCUCAGCACCAAAUCAGGUACAAAGGACCUGACACGACAUUUUUCUCCAUGUCAAGUUUAGGUCUUUAGAUUUUGGUUGCUAAAGACAGUCACAAUUAUAUCAUACUCUUUAAUUUGAGGAAAGAUGUAUUAAAAUAUAUAGUUUUAAUAAAAAGAUAAAAUUUUGGGACAAUUGUCAUAGAAUAACAAAAAUUAUUUUUAAAAAUUAAAAAAUAUAUUAAAAAGCAAAAAAUAAAAAUAAAAUCAAUAAACAUUUAAAAAAGAUAAAAUUAUUACAGAAAUAAUUGGGGGUGAAGAAUCCAUUACACGUUUAAAAAUAAAAUAUUUUCUUUAGUAAUGUGCUGUGUGGUUUUUAUACAUUUAGUUAUUCAGUAAAAUA